GCGCAGACAUUUCAGUCUGUCAAUCCCAGAGGCGGUGACGAUACAUUUAAACCGGGAUUUCAGCGCGAGGAGGGACACGUUAAACCCGGCUCUUCACUCAGCAUCCAGAGGGGUCGUUCGAAAUGGCUCGGGGGUCUCCUGCUCUCCAGUCUUGCCUGAAAACUUACUUUUUUCUACUUUUGGGAGCUUUAUCAGCCGGAGCUGCCCCCGAGCAGGGGAGCCUGUACAUGUGGAUUGAUGCCAACCAGGCCAGGAUACUGAUAGGUUUCGAGGAGGAUAUCUUGAUUGUGUCAGAAGGACAAAUGGCCCCGUUCACACACGACUUUAAAAAAGCCCAGCAGCGCAUGCCCGCCAUACCUGUCCACAUCCACCACGUGAACUUCACCUGGCAGGUCACUGAUGAUCAGGCCGAGUAUUUCUACGAGUUCCAGUCUCUGCGCUCAUUCGACAAGGAGAUCAUGGACGACCCCAUCGUCAACGUCCCGCUGCUGGGAUCUGUCCCACACAAAGCUUCAGUGAUUCAGGUAGGCUUCCCCUGCCGAGGCGACCAGGAUGGGGUUGCAGCGUUUGAGGUCACUAUCUUAGUGAUGGAUGGGGGUGGAAACAUUAUUCUGAGGACCCCACACAAUGCCAUCUUCUUCAAGACCUGCCAGAGAGCUAAGUGUCCUGGUGGCUGCAGGAAUGGAGGAUACUGCAAUGAAAGACAAGUCUGCGAGUGUCAGGAUGGCUUCUAUGGAACACACUGCGAAAAAGCGCUGUGUUCACCAAGAUGCCAGAACGGUGGUCUGUGUAUGAGUCCAGGGGUCUGUAUUUGUCCUCCUGGCUACUUUGGAGCCGGCUGUGAGAAAGCUAACUGCAGCACUACAUGUUUGAAUGGGGGAACCUGUUUCCAUCCUGGUAAAUGUAUUUGUCCUGCUGCAUUUGAGGGCAGCCGCUGUGAAAUAAGUAAAUGCCGCCAGCCAUGCAGAAAUGGAGGCAAAUGCAUGGGGAGAAACAAAUGCAAGUGCAGCAAGGGUUAUCAUGGAGAUCUGUGCUCUAAAGCUGUCUGCGAGCCCAGCUGUGGAGCACACGGGACCUGCAUAGAGCCCAACAGGUGCCACUGCAGGGACGGCUGGCACGGACGUCACUGCAAUAAGAGGUACCGUGGUGGAUUCCCUUUCAUCCACCGCCCCACCAUCUCCAGACCCAAGACCCAAGCCCCAUCAGCAAAAGAAACCAAGGAGGCCUCUGAUAAUAACCAGCCCUCUGAGACCAACUACGUCGUUUAAGCUUCACACUCGCCCUCCUGGCACUCUCUGCCCCCUCCCGACCCAGCCUCCCAGGGGGCCGCUUCUCGUCCUCCCCCUUCAGAUCCUCAUCAUCCGCCCUGGGAUCCUCCCUCCAUCCCUCCGUGGACUUUUAUUUUCAUAGUCCAUUCUCCGUAUCCCCUUUCACAGUGUAAACUCCUUUGAUAGAGUAUCGGCCGGUUCGCAGCUCUGUCAGGUCCUUUCCCCUGCCCUGCAGAUGCUGCGAGGGAGAGAAGGGGGUGGGGGGGGGUGAGGCAGUCACAGGCUGUUUUGUAAUCCAGAUUUGGCUGGAAUUCAGCCUGUGAUGUUUGUGAGCAGUCCUGAAGCUCAGCUGUAAAUGUGGACAUGAAUCACAGGGAGUGCAUUACAGUCCAGAGGCUCUUUUGUGUGGGCUUGUCCUGACUGAGGAGGGUAAUUACUGUCUUCAGCUCAUGUUCAUGGGUUGGCUCGCCUGUCCGGUUGGUUUCAUCAACACUCACUUUCUCCUUCACACAGAGACAAUGACUCAGUGGCUGAAGGUCUCUGAAUAAGUACAGUUGAGACUCUAGAACAUUUAUUCUGUAGUGUACACACCAUGGGAAGUGGAUACACACACACACACACACAUACACAUAUAUAUAUAUAUAUAUAUAUAUAUAUAUUUAGUUAUUAUGAUAAAGUAGGGUAGUUAUUGCGUACUUUAUUUACUCAAAGUUUUGAUACUUAGUUGAGUUGUUGAAGGUAUAACAAUUCAGUUAUACUUAAUGAAUAAGCUUCUUAUUGCAUCAUAGACAUAAGCAAUUAAUGGACUGUUAUUUUCAUCUGGGUGAUUAUACCACUCGAAUAAAACCAUCUCAAUCAUG